CAAUCAUGGAAACAGGAAAACAAAAUCAAGAAGAAAGAGAGGAAGAGAAAGCAAACAACUCAUCGGUGUCAUUUUCUGCUCUUCGCAAGGACGUUGCCAAUGUUCUGGAUUUCAUGGAGAGAUUAAAGAAUGAAGAAGAUCAAAAGGCUGUUGAUGUGGAUCUAAUUGAAAACCUGAAAUUGAAGCUCACAUUUAUUUGUACAUAUGUCCAGCUUUCUUAUUCCGAUUUGGAGCAGUUUGAAGAUAUAAUGACUAGAAAAACACGAGAGGUUGAGAAUCUGCUUCAACCAAUUUUGGAUGAUAAUGGCAACAACUUCGGGUGUAAAUAUGUCCUUACUAGCCUCGCCGGUAAUAUGGAUGACUGUAUCAGCUCUCAUCAUCGUUGUAAAUCAGAUGCCACCAUGAUGGAUGAGCAACUGGACUUCCUCCUCUUGAAUCUCUAUCAUCUAUCCAAGCAUCGUGCUGAAAAGAUGUUUCCUGGAGUGACUCAAUAUGAGGUUCUUCAGAAUGUAUGUGGCAACGUCAGAGAUUUCCAUGGGUUGAUUGUGAAUGGUUGCAUUAAGCAUGAGAUGGUUGAGAACGUCUUACCUCUGUUUCAACUCAUGGCUGAGAGAGUAGGACACUUCCUUUGGGAAGAUCAGACUGAUGAAGACUCUCAACUCUCCGAGCUAGAUGAGAAUGAUCAGACUGAUAAAGACUCUCAACUCUCCGAGCUAGAUGAUGAUCAGACUGAUGAAAAUGCUCAACUCUCCGAGCUAGAUGAGGAUGAUAAGACUGAUGAAAAUGCUCAACUUUCCGAGCUAGAUGAGGAAGAUCAGAAUGAUAGAGACUCUCGCCCCUUCAAGCUAGCACAUCUACUCUUGAAGAUUGUUCCAACUGAACUGGAGGUUAUGCACAUAUGUUAUACAAAUUUGAAAGCUUCAACUUCAGCAGAAGUUGGACGCUUCAUUAAGAUGCUCCUAGAAACCUCUCCGGAUAUUCUCAGAGAAUAUCUGAUUCAUCUACAAGAGCAUAUGGUAACUGUAAUUACCCCUAGCACUUCAGGGGCUCGAAACAUUCAUGUCAUGAUGGAAUUCCUAUUGAUUAUUCUUUCUGAUAUGCCCAAGGACUUUAUUCAUCAUGACAAACUUUUUGAUCUCUUGGCUCGUGUUGGAGCACUUACCAGGGAGGUAUCAACUCUUGUACAUGACUUGGAAGAGGAAUUAAGGAAUAAACAGGGUAACGACCAAACAAAUGGUGCAACCCUAGACUUGCUGGAAAAUAUUGAACUCCUCAAGAAAGAUCUCAAACAUGUUUACCUGAAAGCCCCGGAUUCAUCUCAAUGUUGCUUCCCCAUGAGUGAUGGACCACUUUUCAUGCAUCUGCUGCACAUACACUUAAAUGAUUUAUUAGAUUCCAAUGCUUAUUCAAUUGCUUUGAUAAGGGAAGAAAUUGAGCUAGUGAAGCAAGACCUAGAAUUCAUAAGAUCGUUUUUGGUGAAUGUUGAACAAGAAAUGUAUAAAGAUCUUUGGGCACGUGGUUUAGAUGUUGCGUAUGAGGUAAAAGAUGUCAUUGAUUCAAUUGUUGUUAGAGAUAAUGGUCUCUUACAUCUUAUUUUCUCACUUCCCAUUACCAUAAAGAAGAUCAAGCUUAUCAAAGAAGAUAUCUCCAAUUUACAUGAGAAGAUUCCCAAGAACAGAGGUCUCAUCGUCGUGAACUCUCCCAAGAAGCCCGUUGAGAACAAGUCAUUGACAACUGGUAAAAUAAUUGUAGGUUUUGAGGAGGAGACAAAAUGGAUACUUAGAAAGCUCACUGGUGGACCGACAGAUCUAGAUGUCAUUUCGAUCACUGGUAUGCCGGGUUCGGGUAAAACUACUUUGGCAUACAAAGUAUACAAUGAUAAAUCAGUUUCUAUCCAUUUCGACCUUCGUGCAUGGUGCACGGUUGACCAAGGAUAUGACGAGAAGAAGUUGUUGGAUAAAAUUUUCAAUCAAGUUAGUGACUCAGAUUCAAAAUUGAGUGAGAAUAUUGAUGUUGCUGAUAAACUACGGAAACAACUGUUUGGAAAGAGGUAUCUUAUUGUCUUAGAUGACGUGUGGGAUACUACUACAUGGGAUGAGUUAACAAGACCUUUUCCAGAAGUUGUGAAAGGAAGUAGAAUUAUUUUGACAACUCAAGAAAAGGAAGUGGCUUUACAUGGAAAGCUCUACACUGCUCCUCUUAACCUUCGAUUGCUAAGAUCAGUAGAAAGUUGGGAGUUAUUAGAGAAAAGGGCAUUUGGAAACGAGAGUUGCCCUGAUGACAUAUUAGAUGUUGGUAAAGAAAUAGCCGAAAAUUGUAAAGGGCUUCCUUUGGUGGCUGAUCUGAUUGCUGGAGUCAUUGCAGGUUUGGAAAAGAAAAAGACAGUGUGGCUUGAAGUUUGAAAUAAUUUGAGUUCCUUUAUUUUGAACAGUCAAGUGGAAGUGAUGAAGGUUAUAGAAUUAAGUUAUGACCAUUUGCCACAUCACCUAAAGCCAUGCUUUCUUUACCUUGCGAGUUUUCCGAAGGACACUGCAAUCAUAAGCUCUACGUUGAAAGAUUUUUGGCAUGCUGAAGGACUUGUGGAACAGACAGAGAUGAAGAGUGUGGAAGAAGGGAUGAAGGUUUAUUUGGAUAACUUAAUUUCCAGUAGCUUGGUAAUUGCUUUCAAUGAGAUAGGUGAUGACCCGACCUGCCAACUUCAUGAUCUUGUGCAUGACUUUUGUUUGACAAAAGCAAGAGAGGAAAAGUUGUUUGAUUUGAUAAGUUCAAAUGACUUUCCAGAUUUGUUGCCACGUCAAAUUACCAUUGAUGAUGAGGAGCACUUUGUGCUUUAUUUUGUCCUGUUUGAUUCAAAUAAGAAAAGGCAUUCUGGUAAACAGCUCUAUUCUUUGUGGAUAAAUGGAGACCCGCUGGAUGACCGUCUUUCUGAUACAUUUCACGUAAGACACUUGAGGCUUCUUAGAGUGUUGUACCUGGAUCCCUCUUUUAUCAUGGUGAAAGAUUCUUUGCUGAAUGAAAUAUGCAUGUUGAAUCAUUUGAGGUUCUUAAACAUUGAGACAGAAGUUGAAUCUCUGCCUUUGUCUUUCUCAAACCUCUGGAAUCUAGAAAUCUUGCUGGUGGAUAACAAAGUAUCAACCUUGGUACUAUUACCGAGAAUUUGGGAUCUUUUAAAGUUGCGAGUGCUUGCCACGACUGCUUGUUCUUUCUUUGAUAUGGAUACAGAUGAACCAAUUCUGGUAGCAGAGGACACAAAGUUAGAGAACUUGAGAUAUUUAAACAAACUCGUGCUUUCGUAUUGGAAAGAUUCCGAGGAUAUUUUCCAAAGGCUUCCCAAUCUUCAAAUGCUUAAGUUUGAACUCAAGGAAUCAUGGGAUUAUUCAACAGAGCAUUAUUGGUUCCCGAAAUUGGAUUGCCUAACUGAACUAGAAGACCUCACUGUAGCUUUUGAAAGAUCAAACACAAACGACAGUGGGUCCUCUGUAGCGACAAAUCGGCCGUGGGAUUUUUACUUCCCUUCGAAUCUGAAAAAAUUGCAUCUGCUUGAGUUUCCUCUGACAUCCGAUUCACUAUCAACAAUAGCGAGACUGCCCAACCUUGAAGAGUUGACCCUUUAUCGUACAAUCAUCCAUGGGGAAUAAUGGAACAUGGGGGAGGAAGACACCUUUGAGAAUCUCAAAUAUUUGAAGUUGGAACAAGUGACUCUUUCCAAGUGGGAGGUUGGAGAGGAAUCCUUUCCUGCGCUUGAGAAAUUAAAACUGCGGGGAUGUCGUAAGCUUGAGGAGAUUCCGCCUAGUUUUGGGGAUAUUAAUUCAUUGAAAAUUAUAAAACUUGUAAAGAGCCCUCAACUUGAAGAUUCCGCUAUGAAGAUUAAGGAAUAUGCUGAAGAUAUGAGGGGAGGAGACGAGCUUCAAGUCGUUGGCCGUAAGAAUAUCCCGUUAUUUAAGUAGCAUUAUAUGUGAACAGGUUCGUCUCCAUUCUCUUACUGUUCUGAUUCCUGUAGUGGCAAAUGUUAAAAGAUGUCUACAAUGUGUUUGAUGAAAGUCUCAUCUGAAACUAAGUAGAAAUAUCAUUGUAAUAAACAAGUUUGACUAUAUUUGAAAUAUACAUGGUUAUAGGUUUUGUUUUCUUGAAUAUUUCUGUUUUCUGCUUUAUCUUAUUAACUACUCUUCUUCUCUUUUCUUGUGUGUCUAAAUUAACAUUGUGGGAUAAUAUUUUGUAAGCGCCAUUUGAUCAAUAUAUCGAAAAUGACUUUUAAUAUG